GAUGGAUGUGUGGGCAUACUAGGAAAGACAAAAUUAGGAAUAAAUAUAUUAGGGACAAGGUGGGCGUGGCUCCUAUGGAAGAUAAGUUGCGGGAAUCAAGGCUGAGAUGGUUCGGACAUGUGAAGAGGAGAGAUUCUGAUGCCCCGGUUAGGAAGUGUGAGAGGUGAUCAUGGCGGGUCAGAAGAGGGGUAGAGAGCCUAAGAAGUACUGGGGUGAGGUGAUUAGGCAGGACAUGACUUUACUUUAGCUUACCGAGGACAUUACCCUCGAUAGGAGGGUGUAGAGGUCGAGAAUUAUGGUUGUGGGAUGACAGACAGUCUAGAGUUUCGCCUAGUCUUUCCGGUAGUAUUACUGUAUUAGUACUAGUCUUAUAUUUUCCUAUUCCUAACCCCUUGCUAUUACACGAUGUAUCAUUAUUUCCAGUAGGAUUGACUCUAUUCUUGUAGUGUUGUAUUCUUAGAUCUUUAUUAUUGCACAUUGCACCAUUUGCUUCCGUGUACUGUCUUAUUACCGUGUUGUUACUAUUGUCUGUUUAUUGCUUCAUUUUCGUUGCUCUUGAGCCGAGUCUUUCGGAAACAACCUCUGUACCGUGCCGUCAUAAGGUAGGGGUAAGGUUUGCGUACACUUUACCCUCCCCAGACCCUACUUGUGGAAUUUUAAGGUUUGUUGUUGUUGUUACCCCUAUAGAUACAGAAUGUAUCCUCUUACUUUUGUUUUCUGCUUGUAUAAUAGUCUUAUAAUUUCAGUGUUACUUGUAAUUCAAAUGUCUGGUUAAAAUAUUUUCUUGAAAGAAGUUUAAGGUACUAAUGAAGAUCAUUAUUGGUGUUUUAUGAAGAUUAGGAUGUGCAGGGAGGGUGAAAUUACUGUAUCUCUGCAGAAUAGGAUCCAGGUUUUGCAGUAUCUCUAAUACUGUAAGGGGUCGUUUGGUUUGAAUACAGCUUAUGCCGGAAUAAGUUAUACUGGUCUUUUGAUAUCGAAUGAGGGCACUAGAGAUGAGUUGAACUGGCUUGUUGCUAGACCAUUUUUUGAUACCAUUUCUGGCUAAUGGCUCGUAAAGGAAGCCGACAGAAGUACAGAAAAGGAGUUUCAGAUUCUGUAUCUGGAUUGGUAAAUGAGAAUGAAAACAGUAGUCUGACUGAACCAGAGGGCAAAAAUGCAGAACCUUUUAAUGGUAAUCUUUCCGGCAUAUCUCUAACAGAGAGCUUCAACAAUACACAUGAAAGUGAAGGCAAGAAAAGAAAGCACAAAUCUAGAAGAUCACUUAAAAAGGAAAAGGAAGAUAUUGAUACAUCGUCAAUUGCAAAGGAAAUAGGGCCUGAAGAAGGCAGUGGUGCAGGAAUUUUCCAAAGUCAUAAAAGUAGAGGGGUGGCUCCCGAGUCAAGAGAAGGUGGUGAGACGUCUCCGCACACUAGUCACCGCUCAGACAAUUCAAAUAGAAGUUUUGGCCAGUUCGGACCAGGAUUAGAUAAAGACAAUAUAUUAGAAAAUUUUGAAGUGUCUAUUAUCGUAGUUUUUAGGAACUUGAUGACAUUGGCUCUGUCUGUCUCAAAGGCAUCAAUUCAGUGGUUAGAGAGGUGGAAACCUUUGCUUGACUCUUUAAGGAGCAAUUUAUUAAUUGCGAGUAAGCACGUUGAAGAAAAGGUUCAGCAUGCAUACCCUAUAGUGGUUCGGUGGAUCAUGCACAGUUUAUUCAUUGCGACUGGGUAUGUUCAAGAAAGGGUUCAGCGUGCAUAUCCUAUAGUGGUUAGGUGGAUCAUGCAUUUUGGAAAUAUAAUUAUUCUAUUAUCAAUGGUUUGGUUGGAUUGCGCUCUUAGAGGAAUUGAGUCCUUUCUAUGCAUGGGGAUGACUUCAAUUCUCUCAGUCAUCUGGUGGGGUGUUCUAUCUUUGAUUGCAGCCGCUAAAUUCAAGUUUCUAUUAAUUUUGGCAACAGUUGCUGUGAUUGGACUUCUUACUGGGUUCAUCAUCGCAGUUCUAGGAGUUGCUGCAGUGAGCAUCAGUUACUUAUGGUUCUAUGGAAGAUUUUGGGCAGCGGUGCUUCUGGUCUUGAGUGGAGGAGUGCUUUACAGGUUGAAGCAUGAACGGCUUGCGGUGUUUGUCGUAAAUUUGUAUUCUGUAUAUUGCGCAUGGACAUAUGUCGGAUGGCUUGGUUUAAUCUUUGGUUUGAAUUUAUCAUUUGUUUCGAGUGAUAUUCUCAUAUUCUUCUUAAGAAACAAUGUAAAUGAUUAUAGAAGGCCAAACAGCUCUCCUGAUCAAACAACUGGAGUACAAGGUGAACCUAGCUUCUAUUCUGGUGGAUCAGUGCCUCCAUCUGCUGAUGAUGUGUAUGUUCAUACAGCUGAUCGUGGCACUGGGAUCCCUUCAACUAGUGGAUUUGACACUGAUAUGACAUCUGAAGACGAAGUUCUCAGAUUGUUAAACAGUACAGAUCACUAUUCAGCACUGGGCCUGAGCCGAUUUCAGAAUAUAGAUGCUUCAGUUCUCAAGAAGGAAUAUAGGAAAAAGGCAAUGCUGGUUCAUCCUGAUAAAAACAUGGGCAAUGAAAAGGCUGCUGAAGCUUUUAAGAAACUUCAAAACGCCUACGAGGUCUUACUUGAUUCUUUAAAGCGAAAAGCAUAUGAUGAUGAAUUGAGGAGGGAAGAGCUGCUGGACUACCUUCGGCGGUUCCAAAGUCCUUCGCAGAAGGGUAGAGGCUAUGGGUUCUUUACCUCUGGAUUCACACAGACAGAAGCUGCGGCAGAGGAUUCUCUUGCAGACGCUCGACGAAUUACUUGCAAGAAGUGUGGCAACUUUCAUGUCUGGGUUUUCACUAAGAAAACUAAGUCCAAAGCAAGAUGGUGCCAGGAAUGCAAUGAUUUUCAUCCAGCAAAAGAUGGAGAUGGAUGGGUUGAACAGCCUUCACAUCCAUUCUUUUUUGGAAUGCUACUGAAGGUAGAUAAUCCUGUUGCCUAUGUUUGUGCUGAUAGCAGGAUCUAUAAUGCUACUGAAUGGUAUAUCUGUCAGGGAAUGAGAUGUCCGGUCAACAGUCACAAACCAAGCUUCCAUGUAAAUACAAGUGUAACCAUGAAGAGCAGCAAUGGGAAGAGAAGUAGCUCAGGACAAAGAGGCCCAAGUGUGGAAGAGACCAUGACCGAGGAGGAAUUUGUUGAGUGGCUACAGAAUGCCGUACAAUCUGGUACUUUUGGUGAUUUUGAUGGCAGCACACCACAGAGAUCAGCUGGCAACAGUACUAGCAACAACGCUAGUGGAAGCGGAAGUGGAAGCAAGAGAAAGAAAAAGGGGAAGAAGCAAUGGUGAGUAUGAAGCUACCAUCUAUCCUCCCUCAUUAAAGAAUGAUAUGACUAGAAAUAGUAAUUCUAGUCUGGAAUGGACUUGACCAAAAUUAUUCUGUCAUCUGCAUGUUCCAGCUUUCAUAGAUGCUUUUUUUAAAACUAAACGGGGUUACUCCGAGCAAAAAAAGCUAUGCUUUAACCCCGCUAAAAGUGGUUUGUUUAAUUUUCUUUACCUCAAUUUAAAAGUUGCCCAGCACAAAUUACAUGAUUCCUUUUGGCCUAGCAUGGGACUACACAACGUCUUCCACAAAAUGGUAAGCAGAAUUUGCUAAUUUUUUCAA